GAAUUUUUCACAAACUUAAGGAAAUUUAGUGAUACGCGCGUAUUUUUGUAACUAAUCUUGGCACAGAUGAGUUUUAGCGUGAACUGCAGUAACUUGAAUUAGCGUUGAUGUUGUAUUUUGUAUUGUGCAUAACUGAAUAAUGGAUAACAUAAAGAAGGCCGGAUUAUUCAUACAGAAACUGUUCGGCAGCCAGACACCGCCGAAGGCAUCGAGUUGCGACAGCGAUAUGAACGCCCAACUCUCCAAUUCAACAGAUGAACGUAACAAACGAGCGACCAAGGCUUCACAUCGUCGUCGACACACCGUUCAACUUGAACGCAGUGUAACAGGAGAUUUAAAAUUUAGAAUCAGACCAAUGGAUAGUUUGGAAGUUUCUGACGAAGAGGUCGCUAAACGAACAAGUCUGAUCUCCAAUCGUGGUGAGGAUGAAAUUUCUAAGCUCGAUAGUUCACAAAUUGAUUGCGACAAUUCAGAUGAAACUUUGGUUGCUAGAGCUCUAGCUCGUAAUCCGUCAUUCAGCUAUGAACAUUUCGUUGAUUGUGCUGUUUCUUCUGCCGAUAGAGAGCUCAUCGACAACGCUACUCGUCGAGAAAAAUAUAAAAGAAGUAAAUCAGUCAAUCCAUCCAAGAUCUGCAUAGAACAAGAAAGUAUGAAAGAAAAAUUAAAAAUGGACAUCAAGGACAGCCAACCAUUUGACCUCACAUCUACAAAUCAACAACAUGAAAGUAGCCAACCUUCAAACGAUGAUCCAGCCGUUCAGUUCUCUAGCAUCAAAAUAUCCAGCAGUUCGCGGAAGCAGAUUAACAAGAAUGAACAUGCUCCAAAGCACACUGACGACGAUCGAAAAAAUAAAAAAACUCUCAGCAUUCAAGCGGAAACAUCUAGAGCAAAACACCAUCUCCACACAACUGAAAACGAGAAACUCACUAGAAAGAAAUCAAACAACAACCUGAACAUAAAACAUAAAUUAGCGAAACACCGAUCCAUAGAAUCGUCAGGAGAUCCGGAACAGAAAUUAGAAUUUCCGACGACUCCGGAAAUGCUUCUGGACUACCACAAACACCACAACAUACUGGACGCCAACGAGGAGUGGCUCGUAGUCGAAUUGAACGAAUACGAAUGCCUCAUAGACAAUCUGGAGAUCAUAAAAAUCAUCGCUUCUCACUCUAAAUUCUUCGAAGUCAGUCCUGAAGAGCUCUGGCAAGAGUUUUUUGAAUUCGUUGAAGACGUGCCCUCAUACGAUGAAGUCAUUAAUUUUGAUGUUUGGCAAGAGUUUAGAGAUAAGAAAUAUACGUGCUAGAAAUAAAACUUGAAUAAAAAGUAAAAUUUUGAAAUGACUAUUGAGUUGCGUUCCUGCAAAUUGCAAAAAUAUUACAUUCAUAACUAUUCUAAAACAUUAUUCUUAUCCAAUUUCAAAUGAACAGACGAAUUAUUGAUUGUAGAAAACCAUAGAUUUAGGAAUGGAACACAUAUUAUGCAUCAAAUUUUAAAAAUGAUUGUAGUAAGUAAUAUAAUGACAACGCAAAUCAAGUAGAUAUUAAUUGAA